CAAAAGCAACUGAGUUCAAAGUUUUGUUGAGCUAAUGAGUACAAUUUUGUUACUCAGUACAGGGAAACGCGGACUUCACAAUCAACAGGAAACGCUAACAUCCAGUCUCCACGCUCAGUUCGUUCUUGCUAGAUAAAUGCAUUGGAGAUCCAAGUUAACAGGUAUUACGGAAAUGGUGAAGCUGGCCUUAGGGAAUAUGACAAAAGUUAAAGGUCGUCGGAUGAUACUUCUGAUGGUGUUGUUAGCCGGUGUAGCGUUCACACUACACCAGGGCAUCUUGUCGAGGAGCAGCACCGAACCUUGUGGCCUGGCUUGUUUACGUGAUGACGUAAUUCCUCCGGUUGUAACACCCCCCGGCUGCAGCAUCCCUGAUUUUCACCCUCUGCCCCAGCGUGUGAAGUUCAGGGUUGUCUCACCCUUCCAGUUCAACUGCACUCAACACAGACCCCUGACGGAGGUUCGAGGUCUGUCCCUCCUCCUCCACCGGGAUCGCGCCGAGGACUACGGGGUGACCGAGAAGGAGCUGUCCUGUGUGUAUCAGGGUAUCGUCAGAGUGGAGCAAGAUCCUGACAAGUUUACCAUGGACUGCGAUAAAUUGUAUAAGCUAAAGAAGAAAAUCCCCCUGAAAUCCCCCAGCACAGAACUGGGCGAGGACGGUGUGAUGGUCACCUGCCACGGGAGGAUUUACAAAAUUUACCAGACAGUCCAUUACUUCCUUCAGCCGCGGAGGGCGAAGGAGAAGAGGGAAAGGUUUCAGAAAGAACAUGCUGGACAACGACGAGACAUGCUAAGUGUCUUGAUCAUGGGCAUCGACUCUGUGUCUCGCGCCAACAUGCGACGAAACAUGCCCAAGACGUUCCACUUCCUGAAGGAUGAGCUUGGCGCUCUCGACUUCCAAGCCUUCAACAAAGUGGCCGACAACACCAACCCCAACAUGGCCGCUUCUCUGAUGGGGCUCACUGAGAAGGAGCUGACUGAGAUCUGUCAGCCAAAACGUACGAAAUUUGACGACUGCCCCCUCAUCUGGAAGAAUUUCUCUGACGCAGGAUAUAUUACAGUGUAUGGGGAAGAUGACCCUUAUUCAGGAUCUUUUCAUUACAAUAGGUAUGGGUUUGUUAAAGAGCCCACUGACUAUUACAACCGGCCUUAUAUGUUAGUUUCUCACACAUACACAAAACACAAUGCAGGGCUGUCUGGAAGCUUUGUACUUUGUUUGGGAGGAGAAAAGAGCAUAUCAGUUAUCCAUGAUUACUCACUGGCUGUUGCAAAUACAUUCCGAGACACACCGUAUAUUUCCUAUUACUGGAACACAGGCAUAACACACGACGAAGUCGAAUGGGCAUCAGCCACUGAUCUGCCUUCGCUCGAGUAUCUGAGAAAACUAAAUGAGAGUGGCGUGUUGGACCACACCAUACUCUUCUUCAUCAGUGACCAUGGAAUCAGGUUUGGAGACAUCAGACUGACCUACGCUGGCCUGUUAGAGGAGAGACUGCCAUACUUCUUUGUGCUGUUUCCCCCAUGGUUCAAGGAGAAGUACCCUGAACCCUGGAAGAACCUCAACACCAACACGGAAAGACUCGUAUCAAACUUUGACUUCUAUGCAACUUUGACAGACAUCUUGACUGGCUCAUAUGGAAGCAACUCCAGGACGCCUCGACAUGGCCAGAGUUUGUUUCAGGAGAUCCCAAUCAACAGGACUUGCGAGGACGCCACCAUCCCUGACCACUACUGUUCCUGUGAGCACUCGAGCCGUGAGCCCGACGACCCUCGCCUUCACGAUGCGGCGGAGUACGUUGUGGAUCAGUCUAACUUCGGAAUGACGGCUUUUCCGGAGUGUAUGAAGUUACAUGCUGUACAGGUGGUCAGAGGACAGAUCGGGGCGAGUCACAAAGGCACCAUAAAGAACAUGCUCACAAUCUCUGUUGUUUUCAUGACUAUGCCAGGUGAAGGCAUGUUAGAAGCGACAGUCCGAAAACAAGAGAAUACAUUCGAACUUACAGCUGACGUUUCUAGGAUCAACAUGUAUGGCAAUCAGAGUCACUGCAUCACUGACCCUUUCUAUGCAAGAUACUGCUACUGCCAGGACCUCCUGACCACCCUCUACUCUAACACAUCUUCAGAGGCGCCUAUGAACAUCACAGGGACUUAAUUUUGGACUUCAAUUUCGUCUCCCGUAAACUCCUUUUGUGGAGGUCCUCGCGUCCUUCGAGAAUAUACUGAUUCACUUAGAAGGUGCUACCGUGUCCUGUGCAUUUCUUCCGUUUCUACAAUGGCACUGAGGGGCGGAGAUUGUUACCGCACUUCAAUUAAUGGCAGGAAGAACCAAGUAGAUAGUAGAUGAAGUAGAUUAACGACGCUGCUGUUUUGUCUGAGAAAUACUGUUACAUAUUCUUGCAUUUUGUGCUCCUAUGACUUCAUGUUUUCUCUGAAUGAUAUACUUGUACAGUCUAUCACACGGAAUAUAUAUCUGGAAUGUCCGUGUACAAAAUGUAAUGAUAUAAAUAACUGUCCAUAAGUGCCAAAGGUGGCGUUCCUAGCUAAAAGUGCAGGCCUUACUAGCUAACACAUGUCUUGUGCUAUUUUUGCUUUUGAGGCAGCUUUAAGCACAGUAUGAAAGCACAAAUGAACUUAGGUAAUCAUGAAUCUCUUUGAAAUCAGCCUUUGAAACUUACUGUUGACUAUCAGCACGAAGCAACAAUUCAUACUGUUAUUUACGAUAAUCAUAGAUAUAGAUACUUCAAUCAUUAUUUAGGAUCUGCAAUAGUUGUUCAUUUGCACCCUUUUUAGAUGUACAACAACACUUGCUGUGAUAUACAUCAGUGAUAGUUCGAAAAAAAGCAUCAUUUCAUUUCAUUUUACAGGCAUUUUUCAUUGCAGUCAACAAAAGCUUUCAUAAGAAACUCAUUAUGCCUGUCAGUAUUUUGAUAAGUAGUUGUGAUUCCGAAUGUCAGAAUAAGGUAGAUUUUCUAUGUCAGGAAAUUUGUUUCAUAUGUCAGUGUACCGUAGAUUGUACAUCCUGCAUAUGUACUUGUAGUCAAGCUGAGCCAUGGAAGUUCAUUGCUUCAAGGAAGAAGUACUCGCAUCCCUAUAAAGGAUAGGUGCACUGUGGAAGUGUUAAAACGGAAUGUAUACUGUAGAUGGACAAUCUCAGAAGAUAAAUUCCAAAUAUACAUUGU